GCUCGGUCCGAGCCUCAGGUUCACACCAAUGGAAACGACUCCCAGCCACCAGGACCGAGCCUUAGGCUCGGAACGGAACUGGGUUGAGAACUCAUCCAGUCGGGAUCAUUGCCGGGAAAGAGUGUUAGGGUUUCGCAUGCCCCUGUUUGGCGAUUGUGCGCCUGGUUAUGGCGAUGCUGCGAUUGUAGGAGUGAUACGCAGGCUCAAUUUAUGUGUCGAACCAGACGCGGGUGACGCUACAGUGCUUUGGCAUGUUGGGUUUUUUCUGGGGUUGCUGUAUAUUGCGUCUUCUGUGAGGGCGGGAGUGGUCACAAUGGAGGGCACUCUGAAUAUUGCGCAGAGGACGAAGAAGGUGGAUGUGGACAAUCGACUGCCAUUAAAGUAUUAUUACCGGACGGCAGAUAAUCUUCUGAAGCAGGCUCGAAUUUUUCGCGAUGAGGGGAAUACUAUCGAUUACUACAUUCUUCUGCUUCGAUUUUCCAGCUUGGUUUCUGAGACCAUACCCGAACAUCGCGAGUGUCGGUUGUAUUCAAGGGAAUUUGUUGAUUACAGGAAAAGAUUGAUAGAUGUUGUGACGGAGCUUGAAAGGCUGAAGCCUGGAGUUCAGAAGCAAGUCGAGCAGUACAACAAUUCUCUUCUUAAGCCCAGGGGAUCUUCAUAUAGCCUACCUUCUUCAUACAGUACUCCUUCUCAUUAUGAUACUCCUUCCCACAACACCGCUUUUUCAUAUGACAUUCCCUCACAUAAGUUGCCUUCCCAUAGCGAAUCCUAUGACAACAGAACACGGCAGCCUAUCACAGGCGGUUCUUACAAUAGGAACCAGACCUUCUCCGGAGUAAAUCAAGAUACGUUUGGUGGCAAUGGAACUCGAGCCCAAGUUCCGGUUUACGGUGCUCCAGCACCUGCAUAUAAUCCGCCAGGACCGUCUUACAAUAGUACUUAUCUGGAAAGCCAACUUAAAGCUUUAUCCCUGAACAUUCCAAGACCUACGGAAGAAACUCUUUCCAGGCAUUCUAUCCUUGGACCAAGUACGCAGCGACCACGAAGGGAGCCGGCACCUCUAAGGGUGCAAUACCCAAGCUAUGUUGAUGCUACACCGAUUGAACUACCAAGCUUCAUCCAGGAUUGGAAUGUUCCUGCUCAAUUCCCAGCUGCGUCUACAAGUGUGCCUACUACAAAUGUGUCUUCAACUGUUGCCGCUUUGGAGUCUUUAUCAGAUCCGGCACUUUGGUCUGGCUCUCAAUCAUCCGUCACAGUCGAUGUAGCCCCUACAAUGACAUUGCUCAGGCAGCCCUCGCCACCUCCUAUCGCCGCUUCUGUACAGACGGUGCAUGCUGUCCAUGAUGUACAUGACCACUCUCAAACUCAGUUGUCAUCUGACCUGGUAGCGGAUCCUCGUCCUGGAGCAGCACAAGAUUUUAACGGUGAUUUGUCCAAGGGGCCCAAGCAUUUACACAUUUCCACAAAAAUGAUGGACGAAUUUAUGCGGCUGGCGAAAGCUAAUACUACUCGCAAUCUUGAGACAUGUGGGGUUCUUGCUGGGUCUUUGAAGAAAGGCAUCUUUUAUGUUUGCACCUUGAUUGUUCCAAAGCAGGAAGCUACAUCCGACUCAUGUCAAACAAUUAAUGAGGAGGAGAUAUUUGAUUCACAAGACAAGCGAGGACUUUUCCAGCUUGGUUGGAUACAUACACAUCCAACACAAACUUGUUUCAUGUCCUCCAUUGAUCUCCACACCCAUUACUCUUAUCAGAUCAUGUUGCCAGAGGCUAUUGCUAUAGUGAUGGCGCCAACUGACAAUUCUCGGCCUUAUGGUAUUUUCCGCUUGUCUGAUCCUGGAGGUGUAAAAACUAUUCAACAAUGUCAACAGCGUGGUUUUCAUCCCCAUGAAGAUCCUCCAGAUGGAAGCCCUAUAUAUGAGUGCUGCAGCCAUGUUUAUAUGAACCCAAAAUUGCAGUUUGAUGUUAUAGAUCUACGAGCACAGUGAUUCAUUUAAUAUAAUUAUCUACCACCGAGUAAGUGAUGUACCCUCAGGUCGGUAUUAUUUUAUGUAGCUUCUGUGUUGCAGCAUAAAUUUUUCUAUUGGUUUAGAAGGUAGAGUUUCGAAGCUUAUCAUGGGGAUCUUAUUCUGAAUCUUCAUGAAGUGCACCACAUGCCAUAAAGGACAUUCUUCUGAACAACUGCACUCGAAAAAUGUACCAGUUAUCAGUAGUUACUGUGUCACACCGCAGUGAAUGUUCCCAAUUGCUAACAAGGAUUGAAGUGAUCAUGACUCUCUUUGUCAUAGACAUUCUAUCAA